AUGGCUUCAACAUGGUGGCGAGCGCCUGAUGAGGCCGACCUCGACUAUGGAUAUGAUUCUGACGAGCUUGACACUAGAACCGAUUCUGAUCGCAACACACCUCCCCACGAUACGACCGAUACAAAAAGCUCAGAGGAAACAGAGCAGAAGGGACUGAUUGGAAAUAUGUCUUCUUGGCUUCAGCGCCAAGCUAGCUCGUCCCACGGCCAGCUUGCGACCACAGCUGUUUUGUCCGGAGCCGCUGUCGCAGGUGCUAUCUUUGGAUACCAGUCAUACAAACGAAAGGAAGCAGUCUCUGAUCUGAAAGCUUCAAUCCCAAACAUUGAUGACUCUCAUCCCGCUGGGAAGCUCACUGAUUUUGGUGCCGCUGAAACUGGAGUUCAAUUGAGCAAAGAGGAUGAGCGCAGUGCAGCUUUAGCUCGCAGGGCGCAGCGGGGUGACUAUGAUGACGAUCUGAUUCUCGAACAACUCGCUCGAAACCGCGUCUUCCUUGGCGACGAGGGUCUCGCCAAGCUCCGAUCAUCUUUCAUUGUCGUCGUUGGCUGUGGUGGUGUCGGCUCUCACGCCGCGGCCUCACUAGCCCGCUCCGGCGUCUCCAAAAUCCGACUCAUCGAUUUCGACCAAGUCACCCUAUCGUCGCUGAACCGCCAUGCCCUUGCCACUCUGGCCGAUGUUGGAACACCCAAGGUUCAUUGUAUUAGGAGGCGAUUGGAACAAAUCGCACCAUGGGUCACAUUCGAUUGUCGCAAUGAGCUUUACGGGAAGAGCGCAUCUGAGGACCUGCUCGGCCCGUGGUCCUUGACCCACGAUGGCGAGGGUCGUCGCCCCGACUUUGUCUUGGAUUGCAUUGACAACAUUGGUUCCAAGGUUGAGCUGCUUGAAUACUGCCACGCGAACUCCUUGCCUGUGAUUGCGUCCAUGGGUGCUGGAUGCAAGUCCGAUCCCACGCGCGUGGUGGUCGGUGACAUCUCGCUAACCACAGAUGACCCUCUGUCUCGAAGCACUCGCCGGAAGCUGAAGCUGAAGGGAAUCGCAUCUGGUGUCGCAGCAGUCUUCUCGACUGAAAAGCCUGGCCCAGGCAAAGCUAGUCUGCUUCCUCUGCCGGAGGAUGAAUUUACUAAGGGCCAGGUUGGUGAGCUGAGUGUUCUUCCAGACUUCCGUUCUCGAAUCCUCCCGGUUCUGGGAACCAUGCCUGCCGUCUUUGGUUACACUGUCGCCAACCACGUUAUCUGCACCAUCACCGGUUAUCCUCUCGACUACAACAUGGGCGCCAAGGGCCGUGAGAAGCUUUACGAAAGUAUCUUGGGUAGUCUGGUCAACCUUCACGAGCGCAUGAUCAAGCACACAGCUGCCCAAGACACGGUGGGCCUUCGUCCUCCUCUCAGCAAGGACGACGUUGCAUUCAUCGUGGAGGAAGUCUUCCGCGGAAAGAGUGCUGUCAGUGGCUUGGCUAACAGACUUGCUCUUGUUCCCUGGCAAACUCCCGCAAAUGGAUGGGAUCUGGAUCUGACCUUUGCAAAGGAGGGCCAAAAGAGCACUCCGAUGGACAUUAAUGACAUGAUUUGUAUGACUAAGGAGGAGGCCGUGCACCAUGAGAAUGAGGUGCUCAAGGGAGGCAAGAAGGUGGAGGAAGUCUACGAUGAAGCUGUGUUGCAGCGUGUUAACCUGCGGAGAAAGGAAGCCUUGGAGUACGACCAGUACCGGGGGUAA